UAUCUAUAUCUAUACUAUAUAUACCUUGCUCUCACUCUCUUCACUCUCUCUCUCUCUCUCAAUCACACACACACAACGUCACUUUAGCUCUCCAUUUUCUCUCUCUGCGCUCUCUCUAAGAUCAUGGGCAAGAUCAAGAUCGGGAUCAACGGUUUUGGAAGAAUUGGCCGAUUGGUGGCUAGAGUUGCUCUGCAAAGAGACGAUGUUGAACUCGUCGCUGUCAACGAUCCCUUUAUCACCACUGAUUACAUGACAUAUAUGUUCAAGUAUGACAGUGUUCAUGGUCAGUGGAAGCACCAUGAACUCAAGGUGAAGGACUCCAAGACCCUUCUCUUUGGUGACAGGCCAGUCUCUGUUUUUGGGUUCAGGAACCCUGAAGAGAUCCCAUGGGCUGAGACUGGAGCUGAAUACAUUGUGGAGUCCACCGGUGUCUUCACUGAUAAGGACAAGGCUGCUGCCCACUUGAAGGGUGGUGCAAAGAAGGUCAUCAUUUCUGCCCCUAGUAAGGAUGCUCCCAUGUUUGUUGUGGGAGUCAAUGAGAAAGAUUACAAGCCAGAUCUCCAUGUUGUUUCCAAUGCUAGCUGUACUACCAACUGUCUUGCCCCCCUUGCCAAGGUGAUUAAUGAUAGGUUUGGCAUUCUUGAGGGUCUUAUGACUACCGUCCACUCCAUCACCGCAACACAAAAAACUGUCGAUGGUCCAUCAAGCAAGGACUGGAGAGGUGGAAGAGCUGCUUCUUUUAAUAUUAUUCCUAGCAGCACUGGAGCUGCCAAGGCUGUUGGUAAGGUGUUGCCUGCUCUUAAUGGCAAAUUGACCGGAAUGGCUUUCCGUGUUCCCACUGUUGAUGUCUCAGUGGUUGACCUCACAGUGAGGUUGGAGAAGAAGGCUACAUAUGAACAGAUCAAACUUGCAAUCAAGGAGGAGUCUGAGGGCAAGCUCAAGGGUAUCUUGGGUUACACAGAAGAUGAUGUGGUCUCCACUGACUUUGUCGGUGACAGCAGGUCGAGCAUCUUUGAUGCCAAGGCUGGGAUAGCUUUGAAUGACAAUUUUGUGAAGUUGGUUUCCUGGUAUGACAACGAAUGGGGUUACAGCUCACGUGUGGUUGACUUGAUCGUCCAUAUGGCAAGUUGUCACUAAGUUGCUUGGAAAGACGCAGGCUGGCGUAGUUUGCUUCUGAUGUUUGGCUUUGUGUGUGGGGAGUGUUUGGUCAAAUGCCAUUAGGCGAGGAGCGUUAAUCCAAAUAAAAUAAAUUGGACUGAAGACUGAAGUGUAAGACUUCCUAGUAUGUAGCGUUUAGCUUGAUUACCAUGUUCUGUAGAAGUAUUCAGUAUUCAGUAUCGGGACUCGAAUCUCCCCAUGUUUUACCGGUUUUCUAUUUUCUGUGCACGUGGAAGUGCUGUUUUGAAAUCUGAGCUAUUUUCUCUUGUUA